UCGAUCACCAGAGCGGCUCACCUGUCGGACAAGAAGUUCCAGAUGGACCAGCAGGACCAGUCCUAUAUGUUUGCCAGUCUCACACGGCCGCAUUCUGAACAGUUGCUGCAAGGCCUUCAGCUCUUGCGGCAGGAUCAUGAACUAUGUGACAUUGUGCUCCGGGUGGGUGAUGCCAAGAUCCAUGCCCACAAAGUAGUGCUGGCCAGCAUCAGUCCUUACUUCAAGGCCAUGUUCACAGGUAACCUGUCAGAAAAAGAGACUGCUGAGGUUGAAUUCCAGUGUAUUGAUGAGACCGCCUUGCAGGCCAUUGUUGAGUAUGCUUACACUGGCACAGUGUUCAUUUCCCAGGAAACUGUGGAAUCCCUGCUACCUGCUGCCAACCUACUCCAAGUCAAGCUAGUACUAAAGGAGUGCUGCUCCUUCUUGGAGAGCCAGCUGGAUGCUGGAAACUGUAUUGGCAUCUCCCGCUUUGCAGAGACUUAUGGCUGUCAUGAUCUGUGCCUGGCUGCAACAAAGUUUAUCUGUCAGAAUUUUGAGGAAGUCUGUCAGACUGAGGAGUUUUUUGAACUAACAAGAGCAGAGUUGGAUGACAUUGUGUCCAAUGAUUGCCUUAAGGUGGUAACGGAGGAGACUGUCUUUUAUGCCCUGGAGUCGUGGAUUAAAUAUGAUGUAACGGAACGACAGCAGCAUUUGGCUCAACUGCUGCACUGUGUACGCCUUCCACUUCUCAGUGUCAAAUUUCUUACUCGUUUAUAUGAAGCCAACCAUCUUAUACGAGAUGACCACGCAUGCAAGCAUUUGCUCAACGAGGCCCUCAAAUAUCAUUUUAUGCCUGAGCAUAGACUCUCCUAUCAGACUGUGUUAUCUGCAAGACCAAGGUGUGCCCCGAAGGUGCUGCUGGCAGUAGGAGGCAAAGCUGGACUGUUUGCCACAUUAGAAAGCAUGGAAAUGUAUUUCCCUCAGACUGAUUCAUGGAUAGGUUUAGCCCCUCUCAGUGUUCCCAGAUAUGAGUUUGGAGUGGCAGUGCUUGACCACAAGGUGUACGUGGUGGGAGGGAUAGCCACACAUAUGAGACAGGGCAUAAGUUAUAGAAGGCACGAAAGCACAGUGGAGAGCUGGGACCCUGAAAGCAACACCUGGUCUUCAGUAGAACAUAUGGCUGAAUGUCGUAGCACACUUGGGGUGGUGGUCCUGGCUGGAGAACUAUAUGCACUGGGAGGCUAUGAUGGCCAAUAUUACCUCCAGUCAGGGGAAAAGUACGUCCCCAAAUUGAAGGAGUGGCAGCCCGUGGCACCAAUGACCAAGUCACGCAGCUGUUUUGCGACAGCGGUGCUGGAUGGUAUGGUGUAUGCCAUUGGAGGAUAUGGACCAGCUCAUAUGAACAGUGUGGAGCGGUACGACCCUAGCAAAGAUGCCUGGGAAAUGGUAGCCCCCAUGGCAGACAAGAGGAUCAAUUUUGGCGUAGGCGUCAUGCUUGGCUUUAUAUUUGUGGUGGGGGGACACAAUGGAGUCUCUCACCUGUCCAGCAUUGAGAGGUAUGAUCCGCACCAAAACCAGUGGACAGCCUGUCGACCGAUGAAUGAUCCACGCACCGGUGUGGGGUCUGCCAUAGUGGACAAUCACCUUUAUGUCGUGGGGGGUCACUCAGGAUCAUCUUACCUGAACACUGUCCAACGCUAUGAUCCAAUCUCAGACAGCUGGUUGGACUCCAGCGGCAUGAUUUAUUGCCGCUGUAACUUUGGUCUGACUUCCCUUUGACCCAUGGCCCAGCCAGCUAGCACCUAAUGAGUCAACUUGAAUAGAAAGAUGUUUGGUUUUUUUUCCACCCCCAGCUGUUGAAUCCUUUUCCGUCGCCACAUCCUUUUCAUCCUCCAGGUGCAAAAGGUUGCCAAAAAACCAGCAUGAGUAGCAGUGGACAAGAAACCUGCUGGUUGGAGGGAUGGAUGGAUGUACUAGGUUAGCUAGCUAGCUGGCAGGUCAGGGGGGUGCUGGGGGAUGUGGUUGCAGAGAAGAUGAAGAGCUUCCCUCUUGUGCCGACAAAGCAAUGUCUGCUGUCACGGCCGCGAGGAGAAUUCUACUCCGUCGACUAGUCCAAAAUGAAGACGAGGAGCCAUUCCCUGAGGACUAUGGGGGAGAUAAUUGUCAGAUUUUUGUUUCAAAAUUCAGUUACUUUGGCAAACAUUUUUCCCUUCGUUGUUUCUGUUAAAUCUUUUUUUUUUUUUUUUAAUUCAUAAUUCCUCCAGCUGCAACAAGCACUGUGUGUUCCAGUGCUGUUAGAACACGAGUUUGUGUCGUCGUAUGAAUGUUUGUCAGCCAUGUAGAUGUGUGUGUCCGUGUGUAAGGGGUAUCUGCAUGUCGGAUAGGAUUUUGUUUUAUCUGCAUGCAGAACAGAUGCUCAUGCUUGCUGACACGGGGUUCUGCAUCACAAUAUGUGCUUCACAUAAAUAGUAAAAUUGAAUUUUAUUUUUAUUUCCUCAACAAGGGCUUCUCUCACUUGUAAAUAGUCUAAAUUAAAUAUAUAGAUAUGAAUAUAAUAGUGCAUUGCCUGUAAACCUUUUAUCAUACUGGGUCACGUGAAUAUGCGUAUGAAGAUGUGUCGCAUUAUCUUCAUUCUCUGUCAUCGCCCCUCUUGCAUCUUUAAAGGCACGUACGUUGUGCUCGUCUCUUCCUUUUGUUGAACCUGACCCUCUAUGCACGCUUUGGUCUGUCUGCAAUGCCAACUGGUGCUAUAUUUAGGAUUGAAUGCGGGUUUGCGUUGCCUCACACAACUGGGUCAACCUCUGUCUGCUCCUUGAACGUCUUAAGUGUACAUCUGUUAAAACGUAUGCACCCACCCGUACAAAAAGCACUGAAAGAGAAUCGUGCACAUUCUCAAGUCGUCUUCUCCAAGAACAGGCAGCGUGCUUGUUUCCUCUGAAGACACUUACACAGACUCAUUGUCCCAGCCAGCCGCAGGUUAAAAUGCGUUCCCCGUUCAAGCAAGCUUUUGGUCAUGAAUCCAACAAAGUGCCAAAGCGUCUUCCCUGCCCCAAUCUACAGCCGUCACCCCUCAUGUUCCACAAAUUCAAUAUGUUUCUCCUUCACUCUGGCAUUAAAUCCUUUCAUGCUGUCCAAACAGCUGUAAAGGUGUCUUUGCUGACAGGCAGGCCCAGCAGAAUCAUGGAAGUAUUUAUAUUUGAGUCUAUUUGACAUACUUUGUGCACUUUUUAAUUUUUUUUUUUUUUUUUGCGAACGCUGAGUGGCAUUUACCAAACAAAUCCUUUGAUAGAUAUUGUAAGAUUUCCACAUAUGCAUUUAGGAUACUGGCAUUUCCAUCAUGCAAUAAUGAGUUGCGAGUCUCUUUAAAAAGCCAAGGCAAUCUUGUUAUUGCUGUAACAGAGCAUAUGUUGAUUUAACACUUGUGGCCGCAAACGUCUGAUCAACCACCAUUUAUUGAUGUAAGCUUCAUUUUGAUGUGCAUACUUGUUCAUUCCAUCCAUAUUUUUUUUUUGUACAGGUAGAGUCAAACAGUGAUUUAGGUAUAGAAGAUUAGCCACUUUUUUUUUUUUUUGGGGGGGGGGGGGGUAGUUGCUACACUUAAUGUACAAGAAUCUUCUGCAUUGCUCUUAAACAUUCUACUGAAUUAUUAAGAGAGGCUUUAAAUUAGGUUUACCUAGCAAAUUGAGAUGGGUUGUAUCAUUUUAAAUUUCUCACAUGUAAUGAAGUGAUUUUUUUUUUCAAAUGUAUUUUAGUACUGUGAAUUUGUGAAUGCAUAUUGUAUUUAUGAUUUAUAUUUUUGUUUCAUGUCCUGUAACCUUGUGUGUGACACAACACCCUUCCUGAAUGGGCAGCACGAAUCACGCAGGCGUAAUUAUCUGCUGCCACCAUUCAUUCAUUCACUCAUUUACCCAUACCACCUAUCCUCACUAGUUCUCUGUGUGUUCUGGAGCCAAUACAAUGUGUUUUUUUUUGGGGGGGGGGCUAUUAUUAUCAAGUGUACACAAACUGCUUUUGGAGGGGAGCUCAUAGUAAAUCUGCAAACGUGAAUCUGCAAAAAGAACAAGGAUGUAAAACCUGAGUUUGUACACUUGUGGCCUAACUAAUGUCAUUGCCGCCACUCUCACCAAAGUGCUUGUUCAAAGAAAUCCAGUGGAUGACCACUCGUACAUUUGUGUCAGAAAGAAAAACCUUUUGAAACUGAUGUCAAUGUUAGCCAAAUGACCACUCUGCUUCUUUUUUCAUGUCCCAUUGUGUGACUGGAGGUGAUUAUGUUGAACUCGCCUGUGGAUUAAUACUGGAAAUACAAACUAAUCCUAGCAACAGUAGCCUUCCAUUUUUCGAUCAAAACCCAUUUUACAUACAUUGUAGUCAGUCUGUGAGGUGCAGUUGUACCCAGUUUUAAAAUAAAUGCCUGCCUUAAAAGGUACCGUCUGCUUUUCUUAUGU